CACCUCGUCUUAUGGACUCCUAUAUGAUAGCAUACAAAAUCUUCUAUGAGACAGUUAUCAUACCGCUGUUACUUCUUUCAAUUUUUCUGUCUUUCUGUAUUUCCAUUCUCGCUCUCACGCAAACUGAACAAGUGGUGACAAUAGUCCUUUAUUCGUGCCUGUGAGCCGCUUGAGCUAACAGCUAGCAGUGCCCAGAGACAUAAUUCGUUGGCGCAUUUCCCCGCGAUAUUACGGUUAUGACGUAUGUACGUGCGCCGCUGUCGCAGCAGCAGAGCAGAAUGGUCACAGUUGCGUUGUGUUUUGAUGGAGAACACAGAAUCUGGACUUGUUUCAUCGUUUUAUUCGUUCUGUCGAGGGCCGUGUCAAAGUCUGGCGCAACCCUGCCAGGAGCCAGAGCCAUGUGCGGUCAGGCAGUGGUCGUGUUUCCAGCCGAACAGGCUGCAGUGUUAGCAUUGUGAUAGCAAUGUAGGUAACGCUAGCUGGGACGCCUGGACAGAAAUAGCCAGCCCUCGAAGAAACGGCAGCCUGCUCCGGUGUUUGGACCUGCUUUGUGUACAGUAGUUGGCCGCUGUGUAGCUUCUCUGGAAUGCAUCUCUCCAAGAAAUGCUCCGCCUUCAAAGUGGUGCUGAGUGCUCUGCUGAUCGUGGCGCUGCUGCAGCUCAUAUACCUGUCCUUUUUAUCCAAGUUUCACGGCAAGCAGCAGCGGUACAGAUACUCCGAGCUCUUUGGAGGCUCCGGGGGCAAGAAAAAUGGACACCACGAGAAAAACACGCGGAAGGAGCGACUGAGGUACUCGCUGUCCACUGGUGGGAUCUUUGACAACAGUGGUCAGUACCGGGUCUACAAGAACUUGAUCAAAAGUGAUUACACCUCUAAUCAGAAACCAGGAUCUGACCCCAGCUCCAAUGUCCUGGCUUUAGCUACCCACACAACCAUCAACAACCUGCAUCACCUGGAAUCUCUUCUGGAAAGGUGGCACAACCCUCUCUCAGUGGCCAUAUUCGCACAUGGACAAGAUGUCAAGUUUGCCACAGCUCUGGUCUAUGCGCUCAGCUUCUUCUGCCCUCAGAUCCAAGCCCUUGUGGAUUUCCACUUGGUCUGCCUCUCAGGAGAGAUGGCCAGUUUCCCUGAUAAGGACCGGGAGCAUUUUACAGGUCUUGAGGACUGUGCCUCUGUCUUCUCCAGACUGGAGACCCACAGGGAUAAGUACAAGAACUAUGCCAUCAGUGGAAAUAUCUCCUACCCCAACAAUCUCCUCCGUAAUGUCGCCCGGGGUGGCACAGAGUCCUCCUACAUCCUGGUCAUCGACAUUGACAUGAUGCCGAGCGCUGAUCUGCACCAGCAGUUCCUGGCCAUGAUCAUGAGACCUGAGCCAGCCAGCGAUGAGGUGUUUGUCUUGCCGGCCUUCGAGAUCCGCCACGCCAGGAAGAUGCCUGCCACCAAGCCAGAGUUGGUUCAGCUCUACCAGGUAGGUGAGGUGCGGCCCUUUUACGAAGAGCUGUGUCCUCGCUGUCAAGCCCCCACCAACUACUCACAGUGGGUCAACAGCCACGUUAGGGACACGGACACCCUGGAAGUUGCCUACACGCUCACCUGGACAGACCCCUGGGAGCCUUUCUACAUCGGGCCCCACACAGUGCCCCUCUACGAUGAAAACUUCAAGCAGUAUGGUUUCAAUCGCAUCAGCCAGGCCUGUGAGCUCCAUGUGGCCGGAUACAAGUUCUCGGUGCUGAGCUCAGCCUUUGUCGUGCACCGGGGCUUCAAGAUCCAGGGAGAGUUCCACGCCAGGAAGGACGAGGAGAACAAACACAACCGGGUUCUGUUUCGCAGCUUCAAAGAGGGCCUGAAAACCAAAUACCCAUCCUCCAACCGACGAUGCUAAAAAUCAGUCUCUCGUGAAAUCUGUCUUCUGCUGAAACGAUGGACAUACAUUUUUCUCUUCUGAACCAGAUUUUGCUCUCGCUGCUCAAAACGUCCUAGUUUUUCUAUGAUUUCUUGUUAUGAUGGCACAGUAGGAGUUCAAUCCAAAUCGUGGGUUUAUUUCAAGACCCUAUGAAAAUGAGCAGAAGGGAGAUGUUCUCUGGGGAUUUCAGUGCACAUUGUGCUUGUUGAGACUGAAAAGAAGAAAUGAUCAUUCAAGAUCGUAAAACUGGCUGACGACUCUUGAGAUUUCUUUUUUCGUUCUUUUUUUGUAAUCAAAUGCAAAUCCAAAACCCGAAUAGCAUUUGAUUGACAUUAAUGUCAAAGCAUAUGAGGCACUGUAAAGUUUUCUAUUUUAAAAUAUGUUCGAGCUCGUCCCGAUACAAAAAUAGAUGCAUCAGCGUGACUGUAAGACAGAGAGUCUCAACAUAUUCAUUCAGAGAUAUAUCCUGUGAGACAAAAGCCCUUAGUUCAUCGUAACAUGAAGUUUAAGGUUCUACAUUUCAUGACAGCUGAUCAAAUGUUGCCUUGUUCUUUAAAGUGAAGCUCAUAUCAAGCCAUCCCUCUGUGCAGUCAAAAGUAUGGUCCCAUUUACAGGCCUUGUUAAUAGUUAUUUCUUAUCAAAGACAGAACCAUGACUAGGCUUGUCACAAUUACUUCUUUGUGUUGGACCACAUAUUGUUUGUUUUUUUGAUGCUAGAUGCUGUGCCCAAAUCUUAUAAUAUUAAAGAAAACCCUGCCAGUUAUUCUGGCAUCAUAUUGGAUAAAUGUUGGGACAACUAUGCAUGAAAACACAUCCGUCAAAAUUGAGGUUUGCAAAAAUGAUCAAGAUCAUUUACAUACACAGGAGGUGGCUAAGAUACAUACGAUAAGUUAACAGCAUAAUUAUUGUGAAACACCUAACUUUGAUGUUGUAGCUUUAUGCAAAUAUGUAUUUAAAAUGAAACUAGAAUGGCACUGAGUAGAGCGCAUACCUCUGCCAAGGCCCCCAACAGUCCCAUUUAACCAGUCAAGCCUAAUCCAAUAUCAGAAUUUUUUUAAUCAAGUUCCAAGUUUAUUAAAAAUCUCUUGUUUAUUUUUUGUGUAAUCCUGCUGUCCAACCAACCAACCAACACACAAAUGCACACAGGUAAAUACAUAACCUCCUUGGCAGUGGUAACAAUAUGAUUGGCUGUAUGAAAACAAGGUGUCUGUCUACAUAUAUAAAGAAUUAAUUACCACCCUGUUGGCUAUUGCAAAGACAGGAGGCACAAUCAUCAGUCUGUUUUCAUUUGCUCACUUGCCAAACGCAGGCAGAGUCCACAAAACUCUCACCUUGUUCCAGACAUUUCUGUCAGUUAUAUUCCAUAACAAUAAUGAAGUGAAACAAAAAGGUAACUCCGUCUGAUUAUCAGGGUUACUGCUACCCUUCAGUACAAUGGGAAUCAGCCCUGACAAUCAGUGAUGUGCUCUGUCCACCAGAUGGCAACAGGCACCUGAGUGUUUCAUCAUAUAUUUUAGCUUGAAGUGAGUGUUGGAUACACUACAGCAGAACGCAGGGAUUACACAACACCAGUGCUGUCUGGCGCUCAGGGGGAUGUGAAUCUACUCUGCGCCACAACUGUCGGCACAUUUCAGACGUUUUCAUAACCCUGGGAGUGCUUAUUCUUGGUCUCGCCGCAAAACUGUCUAAAGAGAUUACUCGCAAGGCAUUAGCACAACAAAGCACUGGGGGAACUUUCUACGGUACUGUAAUUUUGCCAAGAUUGUGGAAAAAUACUGUAUUAUAACACUGAGGAUGUGAUGGUGGUAGUCGGUUACAUUGUCUAAAUCUGUGGGGGGGGUUUUAACAGCUCUGUCUACAAUGGGGCCAGUGGGCUACAGGUACAAAUGUAGCAUGGUUAAUGGUAGAUUAAAAAAAAAAUGCACAAUCAAAAUGUAAAACAGCAAAAAAAGCAGUUGGUGUUGUCAAAGGACUUCUGUGGAAAGUUUUAUCUUAACACCACUAGAGAAUAGCAAAUUAUUGAUCAUACACAUUAUUCUGUAUCCUAAUGGUACAUACACUACAUACAGUAUUAAACCUUGACUACCAAUCUUAUGUCUGUUUAGUGAAACUGCAAAGUAUGCAUAUACAAAAUAUGUUUUAAGUGUUAAGUUGUUAUGUAAUUAUUGAUUUGAGAUUUACAUAUUUUUUUCUUCUACACUUGUAGUGUUCAUGAUAUAUUUAUUGUGAAAUUGUUUUGAUUUAACUGGAGUGGGUUUAACCCUUUUUGUUUUUACCCCAAGCAGAAAGACUGUAGCACGGAAUUGUGUUUGGUUUGAAAAAAAAAAAUUGUUUUUGAACUCUUUUGGUUCAGCGCCACUGUAAAAUCACUUUUAUUCAGUAUUUUUUGACGUGGGAUCCAUUUCAACAUAUUUUCAAACAAACUUGUGUAACGAUGUAGUGUGGAGCUCUAUUUCUCAUGUGUCUUUUUCCUUUUUUGAAAAUGCUCAUUUUGUAUUUAUUAUUUCUUUUACGUUGAGGAAACAUCAUGCCUGAUUUGUAUUGUUUGAAUUUAUAUUAAACCUACUGGAUGACUUUUA